GGUCUGAAGCGGCGCUGGGAUGAUGUGUGUUUGCAGACAGACGUGCGUUUUGUCUUUUUUCCUUCAGAAUGAAGUUCAUAGCUAGCUAGCGAACAAACACAGCUAGCUACCUAACCUAGCUAGCUCGCUAGCUUACAGUCGACGGUGUGUUUAUGUCUUAUUUGGCCACAAAGAGUAGGAGGUUUGUUGAAGCCUCAGUGAUGUUCGCAGUUUGGAGGUUAUAAUCUCUCCCUCCCGAUAUUUACAUUCUGGUAGUUGCCCAAAUUGCAUGCCAGGCAUUAACUGAAUACCUGAAUGCAGAAUACCGACGUGGUCCUUUUAGCUUGUAGUUUCAGAAGGGCAGACUACCUCUUAGCCGGAGAGUCUCUCUGGAUCUGUUUUACCUAUGGACGAGAAAAAGACUGACAUGCUUUGUGCUGUGGGUCAUCAUUGAUAUGAUCAUUGAACUGCUGUGAUGAGAUUAUUGGCACAGACAGGCCAGGACUAACCUUUAGCUUUAGAGGACCGGUAGAUUAUCGUGAGCUGUGGCCGUCACUGGACGGCUGUAUAGAGGUGCAGAGGGCAGGCAGGAGGUCCAUCUGUUAAAAAUCACAAUUAACCAUAAUACACAUCCUAAACCACUUCCCUUCCGCCUCAAAUAAACAAGGCCGGUACUCAGAUUCAUUUGAUGUGUUCCCCGAAGUGAAGGCAGGGUCUUCUCCGAAUUUAAUACCCUUCACACAGAGAUGGGCAAGGCUCAGUCUUAUGUUGUUUUGGCGUCAUCAACACAACAUGGACCAAUGUGAAAAUUCUGGGUUGGGUGACCAGUUCUACAGAGAGGCCAUUGAGCACUGUCGCAGCUAUAAUGCUCGACUAUGUGCUGAGCGCAGCGUCCGCUUGCCGUUCCUCGACUCACAAACUGGUGUUGCCCAGAACAACUGCUACAUCUGGAUGGAGCGUCACCAUCGCGGACCAGGUUUGGCAGCAGGCCAGAUGUACACAUACCCAGCCCGCUGCUGGAGAAAGAAGAGGAGAUUGCACACUUCCAUGGAUUCAAGCCUUCAUCUUUAUGGUCUACAUAUAGGUAAGGAGGCUUUGCCUACACCGAGUACUACACUGGAGGCUUUGCUGAGGGGAGAUGGCCUGGACAAGAGGAACAGCUCGAGAGAUGAAGAGAGCCUACUGGAGAUUCAGAGAGUUUUGGAGGCUGACGCCAAUGAAGAUGGUUACCAUGACGAUGAGGACUUUGAAGUGGACAUACCAAAAAGAAAACAUCGGGGCAAAGGCAGAGGUCGAGGUUCAGGACGUCGGAGGGCAGACUUGGAUGACCAGGACAAGCCAUAUGUCUAUGAAAGCAGAUACAAACAAAAGCAUAACUCAAAAGCUGGAGCCUCAGUAUGUGGCAAGCGCUAUAGGAAUCGCACUGGCUUAAGCUACCAUUAUGGUCACACCCAUAUUGCUGAAAAGGAAGAGCCCCAGGCCAGGGACUCUGAGCCCUCACAGUCUCCACCUAUCAACCACCGUCCCCACAGUCGCAAACAUCAAAAGAGUCUAGAUUCAGAUCACACACGCAACAACUUCUGUGACGUUUGUCAAGUAAAUCCAGGCUCCAAAAUGAAAGAAGGCAAGUGCCUCAAGUGUGGGCGCUCAGGUGGGCUUGAUGAGGAGAAAGAUGAGAAGACUUUUGCUGGAGCCGAGGAGCUGUUUGGUACAACCUCAGAAAGCGACACUUCCACAUUUCAUGGCUUUGAGGAGGAUGAGUUGGAAGAGCCUCUGUCCAACGGCAGCGAAGCCUCCCCAAAAUGCAGAUAGAAAAUAACUUGCGGGUCUUUUUAAACUCUUAUUUAAAAAAACAGCGCAUCACCCCUGCAAAAAUUCUGCUGCUUCUUUUUACUUUUUAAAGUUUUGUUUGUUUGUUUGUUUUUUUUCCCCUUUAUUGGAAAGCACAAGUCAUUAUAUCAAAAAGAAGGUAUAUGAAAGCGUUAACUUUCUUGGACAGCUUACACCAUUUUUAAUAAGUUAUGGAUCUGUUGUUGUUGAUGUUAUUGUUGUUGUUAUUGCUAUUAUUAUUAUUAUUAUUAUUAUUAUUAUUAUUAUUAUUUAAACAUUGAGAGCAAAUAGGAACAGACUGUUUUUUUUCCUUAGGAAACCUUUCAUUUUAUUUUUUUCCCUUGAAGGGAAAUGAUCGUACAUUACAAACGCUGGAACAGAUGGAUAUGACUUUCGGAUUUAUUUCUGGAAUUAUUUUCCAGGAAACUGAACUCAAGUUAAAACGAAACAGUACAAAAAUAACAAAGCGUAGCUUGAAUACAGCAAGAAGUAAAAAUCAGUGAAGAUCAGAAGUCAACUUAAAAAAUGUUUGGUAGCGUUUUAUGUCACUGGAAUUGCCAAGGAAUGCAAGUGAAGAACUUAUGAAGUCAACUCAGUGCUUUGUCAUGUGGAUUAUGACUGCGCCAAAAAGGAGUUGGGAUAACAUUUAAGGAGAUGAGUAGCAGAUGUACUGUCUAUCAUCCUGCUCAGAUAAGAAGUUGUUAAGAUGGUCUAAAUCAACUGUUUGCGACGUCAGAGACAUGAAGCAGAGGUUGCUGCAGUGAGGGGAGCAGGAGAGCUGUGCUGCUACUAGAAACUAGAAGGUGGUUUAUAAAUCAGAAUUCACCUCUCCAGUCUUCUGAAUGUCAGACCCAGUGAAGCUGAAGAACCCUUAAUUCAGCCAGACAAACACCAGACACUGUUUCAGACUCUAGGACAAGUAUUGACUCCCCACCCCCUGACUGCUGCUGCACCCCUGCUGGUGGUCUACAGCCUGAAUCCGAGACUGUGAUAAAGUGAUUAUAGAGCCAUAUGGAACCCUUCCAUCCCUGUCCUGGAAAAGUGUCUCAAUCCUUGUCGUAGCUUUAUGGCGUCGGCCACCGUUGGUAGGGAUGAACCAUCACUUUAAGGGUAAAACAAAGACUUUAUAGAAUCUGAAUGAAACCGUAUAUAAAGACAAUGUAC